GAGAUGAUGAAGGAGGGAUAGAGAGGGUUGAGCUCUCUGGAGUAAAUCUCUCAAUCUGUGCAGGGUGUGAGGUGGACUUACUCACUCCAGUGGACAAGGACUCACAUUCACAGGUUAAUUCCGAUCUUCCGUGACGCAGAGAAGAGUUAGGAGUGGAAACUCUGCAAAUGGAGAUCUUUGUUCUUAUUUUCCCUGAUGUCUCUUCUCCGACAUCGAAGAAGUCAACACAACCUUUACAUUAAUUGGCAUCGCACGUUUUGAAGUGAAGCCAAGCUCCUUAGACUUAGCGGCUGAACUGCGGACGGAGAUUAUGAGGAACUCUCAGUCUCUACACGUGUUCCUUGUUACCUUUGCGUUUCCUUUACUUUCAAUUCUCCUUUGCCCUUCAAAUGCCAUCUCAGGGUCUGAUUAUGACUACGGGGCCCACCCGCGCUUCGUAUGCACCCCUAUUCCCGUGGACGCGGACCCCGCCUGCUUCCCCACGGGGGGCCCGGGCGUAGGGGCGGCGGGGCCCAGCGGACCGGGUCAUCAAAGUUCCCCUCCUGCUGGCUGGUGGGGGGCGAGUGAGGAGGCGAAAGCCACCAUCCUCCACCUCAGGGAGAGCCUCGUCCAGCAGAAAGAGACCAUCUUGGACCAGAGGGAGACCAUCAGAGAGCUGACGGCCAAGCUCACCCUGUGCGAGGGUCUCGGGCGCGGCGCGGCGUCUCACGGCGCGGCGUCUCACGGCACGGCCUCGCAACCCCAGCACGCGGGGGCGGGCGACCAUCCCGCCAUCACUGACAGCGAGCACUACGGCGACCAGCAGGGUCGCCAUGGAAACCUCAUACCAGACUCACCGCACCACGGCUCCGCGGGGAGGCAACGGGCCGACGGGGGGCACGGCGUCGGCCACCAGGGGAAGGAUAAACAUGUGACUCCGGGGGACAUAACGUCAUCCCCGGAGCAGAUGGAGAGGAUGCUGCAGGCGCUGAAGGAGAGGCUCGACAAUCUGCAGAAGAGGAACACAUCCAUCACCUACUCCAGUUCUCUGAGGGAGCUUCUUCAGAGGAAGAUCAGCGCUCUGGAGCAGCAGCUGCACCAUGGCGGCUCCUCCAUCAGCGGCCCGGACCGCCACCACGAGGACGGCAGCCACAGAGACGGCGGAGGCCAUCACCACGACGACGGCGAGCGUCUGGACGGCAAUCAUCACGACGAGACACAACCCGACGACCACAAAGACGACCACAAGGACGACCACAACGACGGGGAUCACAGCGACAACGCUGACCAUCACGACGACGGCCACGGCGACGGUCACGAUGCAGGCGCUGCCCGGGACCACCACCACCACGACGGUGAUGACGAUGGCGACCGCCACAGUAAUGAGGCAGACCACAGCCACGGUUACGUUUCACACACAGGGUACAGAGAGCCGGCGCCACGGACUGGUUUCCACUCAAAUAAAUUGGAAGCAAUGCUCAACCAGCUGCACCUGACAGGUUCCGCCAGGACAAAGGUCAAGAGUCCCGACGCCUUCCAGAUCAGCUUCCCCAUGAGAACCAACUACAUGUCCGGGCGGGUGAAGAGGACGCUCAUGCAAGAGAUCUUCGCUCUGACACUGUGUCUUUGGAUCAAGGCGGGGGUGGCGCCCGGCCUCGGGACGCCUUUUUCCUACUCGGCACCCGGACAGGCCAAUGAGCUGGUGCUCAUCGAGUGGGGGAACAACCCCAUGGAACUGCUGAUCGACGACAAGGCCGUGACGCUGCCUCUGUCCCUUGAGGGGGGCGAGUGGCACCACGUGUGUGUCACCUGGUCAACCCGGGAUGGACAGUGGGAGGCCUACCAGGACGGCGUGCAGAAAGGGUCCGGGAUAGAUCUUUCCCCCUGGCACCCCAUCAAGCCUGGAGGGGUCUUCAUUCUGGGGCAGGAACAGGACACUCUGGGAGGCCGUUUUGACGCCACUCAGUCAUUUGUGGGUGAGAUGUCGGACGUGCACAUGUGGUCACAUGUCCUGACUGCGAGCGACAUCUACAGCCUGGCCUCGUGCGGCAGCCACCUGCGGGGAGACGUCAUCGCUUGGUCCGAGGCCGAGGUGGAGCUCUUUGGAGGCGUCGCCAAAUACCCCUUUGACCCCUGUCACUGAAAGGCCAUGAGACCGAGCGAGGAGGGAGGGGGGGGGGGUUUACAUCCUGGGACGGACUGAGGACAUUUAUCAUAGAUCAACAUGUGUGAGAAUAAAACGGAAAAUCCUUUGGCUUUCAGGUAUUUCUUUUUGGGAGAUCACUCAGCGGCACCAACUCAAUGCCUUCCUCUAAACUUAAUCAGAGAAAAGAGCAAUAAGCCCAAUCUGAGUUUACUUUAUGAGGGUUUAGGAGACUUUGGUCUUUAGGGUUUGGACUCUACUGUAAUCACAAGCUAGGGUUUUACUUUUUAAACAGACAAGUGCUGUAUGUGACAUAUUGUCACAUUGUUAAUAAGACUUAAUAUUGUAGUGUUUGUGAUAAAAUAAGCAGACCUCACAUGUGUUCUGUUGUGGUGAAUUAGUCAUAGAAAUCAAUUUGUAAUCUGGAGGCUUCUUUUUUUAUGAAAAGGUGUGCCAGAAGAUACAGCUAAUCAACCAAAGAAAAUAUAGAAUCGAAUUGUGUUUAACAAAUUUUUUCAUGAGUCAUAUAGAAGUUUUAUUUUUGGAGAAAUACGGCAAGCCUGUCGGACUGAACCAAGUUCCAAAAAGAAUCUUGAUAUGAUCAGCAAUGCAUCCGUUUCUUCUCUUAACAGUAUCACUUUAGUCUCCCAUUAUUUGAUUAUUUUAUGUUGAAAUUAUGUAUUUUAUGUGUUCCAGUCAUUGCACUGUUGCUUCUUGAUUUCUUACAUGAGUUGGCCUUGACUGUUUAAUUGUUAAUGUACUGUAUAUAAAUCACUGAAUUUAGGCCAAGUUUUUUUUUUGGUGUUAAACAUUGUGUGUGUGAUUUCUUUUUUAUGUUAAGAAAACCAAAUAAAAAAGGUAUAAAAACAGUCAUUUCAUCACUUGUGGAGGUCAAACCCAAACAUGAAAAAGGUUAAUUAGCAGAUUGACAAUAAAUUACAAUAUUCUAAACACCUGUCAGACAAAUUCACAAUGCAA